CUUCGACAUCACCGAGGCCCGCCCCCGCCCGUGCGCCUUCGUUUGCUCCGCCUUCAUUCUGCCUCACCCGAUCUACUCCGUCUUCAUUUCGUGCUACUGUUCCCGUCUUCUCGCCAACUCUGGUCUUGGGAUUCAAUCCCAUCGCAUCCCCUUCUGGGCUGCCUGCCUGCGCAGAUUCGCAUUGCAGCAACUCAGUGUAGCUUCCUUUUUCGCCCCUGAGCAAAGCGAGUUCGCUGCCUGCAUUGGCGAGGUUUGGUGGAGGUCUAGCGGAGAGAGAGAGAGAGAGAGAGAGAGAGAGAGCGAGAGCGAGAGGGAGAUAUUGAGGGAUUGGGAGCAGAGCUAUGGCGUCCACAGCAGCGGGGAGAGUGGUAGUGGGAGCUCCUGCGACGAGCGGUAGCAUCAGCUCUGAGAUUGUUGCGCCGCCCAGUGGCGUCUCCAGGGUGCAGGUGGUGGUUUCCGCCCACAGGCGGGAGGUUGGUUGCUGCUGGGGGCAGCCGCGCUUGGUCGCUUCCUCUAGCUUCUUCGGCGCUGGAGUCGAACGCUUCGCCCUCCGCGCCUCCAAUGUGGGUCGAGUCGUUGCUGGUAUCAAGGCUGUGGGAUCCGGGCCACGGACCGUUGCUAGCGUUGUUAACGAGGUUGCCGUAGACGGGUCGGGCAACAAUACAUCCACGAAAUUCGAAGGUCCCUCUGCCCAGGACAAGUCUGCGACUGAGUCAUCUGCUUCAAUUGCAUCAGCUGCUUCUGUUUUUAUGGCGGACGUUGCCAAUUUGAUCAAGCUAGUUGACACCAGAGAUAUUAUAGAGCUCGAGUUAAAACAAAAGGAUUAUGAGUUGAUCAUCCGUAAGAAGGAAGCCUUGCCACCUUCUCCAGCUCCUCAGCAGUCUGCUCCAGGCCCACAUGUUAUGGCUCAUACCACAUUCCCAGGAUAUCAGCAACCACAACAUCAAAGCCCACCGCCAGCUCUGGAGGCGCCUAGUGCUAGUCCCCCAGCUGCUUCUGCUCCUGCGCCUGUAAAGGACGCCAUUCCCGCUGCUGCUGAGUAUCCGCCUAUGCUCUCUCCUAUGGCUGGAACUUUUUACAAAUGUCCAGGUCCUGGUGAACCUCCAUAUGUGAAGGUUGGAGACAAGGUCACCAAAGGCCAGGUUGUCUGUAUCGUGGAGGCAAUGAAGUUGAUGAACGAAAUUGAGGCUGAUCAGUCAGGGACAAUUGUUGAGAUUCUGGCUGAGGACGGAAAGCCCGUAUCUAUGGAGUCGCCUCUUUUUGUAAUCAAGCCAUGAAGACAAUCAGAGUGAUGCUCACCAUUGCCAACACCCAUGUUCUUUGGGGAUUAGCCUAGCGUCUUGUUGUCAUGUAACCAGCGCCAGAUAAGCACCAGGGGCUUGUAUUAGUGCUGUAGUCACCGUUAAUUUCUGGCCUAGUUUUUAUGGAGGAGCUGUAGAUGGGCAGAUUGCCUAUAGUACUUCAAUCUUAGAGAAAGUGAUAGUUUACGAGUCGAUUGGAGGAGCAUACAUGUCUUGACGACAGGCCCCGUUUCUUUUAUUAUCGUCGGUUUGAAGAAAAGAUGACUUCGUCCAAGGUGUGAUCUCUGGCAGUAUUUUUUUAUUAGUGUGUAUGUGCACUACCCACACAACACUUGACCUGUAAAGAUGCUUGCCUGCUCCUAAAACCAUCGCGGUUGCAGCUUCAUCUAAGCUCUGCGAAGCUGAAUGGAUGAGACGAGGUUCCAUCGAA